UUUCUUGCUUCCCAAACAUCUAGAAAUCCAUUUCUUUCAACUACUUUAGUUCGUAGAACUAAGUUUGAAACUCAUGGCCAUCCGUUUUCAGAGGAUUAUUCCUGCCAAGCAGAUCCUGAGACGCAUUCUUCCAUCUCCAGAGCCCACAAAUGUGCCGAAAGGCUAUGUUCCUGUCUAUGUUGGAGAAACUCAGAAGAAGAGAUUUGUGAUUCCAAUUUCAUACCUGAAGCAUCCUUCAUUCCAAAACUUGCUAAGUCAGGCUGAGGAAGAGUUCGGGUUUGAUCAUCCACUGGGUGGACUCACAAUCCCAUGCAGAGAAGAAGCCUUCAUCAAUCUAACUUACAGCUUGAAUUGCUCAUGAGCAAGGAGGAAAAUCAUAUAAUGACCAGGCUCAAGGAUACCAAAGCUAUGACACCAUUGACCACAAAAACCAACCCAGCAUUUUUUAAUUUAUGAGUUGGGUUUUUUUCCUUUUUCUUUUUUGGUCAUGAGAACAAUGUAAAUUUAUUCUAUUUUUUUGGAAAAGUUGACAAUCAAAUUUGUUCAUCUUAAUUGCUUAGCUUUAACUUAUUUUUUAUGUUAUUUGUCUUUCACAGGCAGCCAUUUAGUAAA